AUGAUAACCUCACCUCCAAGGCUCUCGAAUAAUCCAGAACUUACACCAGAUGAGAUCUCACGAUCUAAGUCAACUCAAAGCUUUGAUGACUUCCUGCUUACAAGAUACAGGAAUUCAAAUGCUAAAUAUGAUUUUUCAGAGAGUCCAAGAUACUUAGAUUAAAAUCUAAUUUCAAAUAAGACUUGCCCAGAGAGAUUUGAACUAGACUUAGAGUAGAAAGACAUAUUAGCAACUCGAGAUUUUCAACUAUAACCUAAAAGUUCAAUGACCUUAAAUAUCUUCAAAAUUUCUUGCCUUUUGCUAUCAUUGAUUGCUACUUCUUCUAUCUUACCAUUUUCAGUCGCUUUACCCUUGGAAAGUACUUUACUAAAGCUGUGUUGGAGAUACUCAAGCAUGAUUCCAUUCUUAAUUAUACUCUCAUUAUUCCAACUAAACUAACAAAGAAACCAGCUAAAAUUGAUGGAAUUGAUAAAAGAUAAGAAUGUGAUGAUUUUAGCCACAAAAUCAGCAAUUUCCCUCUUUUUAGUUCAAACUACAUAUCUUGUUAGUGGACAAUAUACAAUAAUAUCUCAUGCAACUAUUCUGAGCUCUUUCGGAGGAGCUAUUAUUGUUGUGUAUAGAUUUAUUACCAAAUAGAGAGUUCACUAAUUUGAGUACAUGGGUAUCGCUAUGGCGACAAUUGGAUGUGUAGUCUCAUGUAUGGAUGAAGUCUCUAAAGUUAAAGAAGAGGAUUUAAACAUUCCACUUGGGGAUGCUUGUGGGCUUCUUUGUUCAGUUUUCAUGGUUAUUAAUUUUAAUCAAACUCACGAGUUAAUUAAAAAGGUGCCAUCUUCUUUAGUAACUUUAUAUUCAAUUUCUUUGGGGCUAAUUCUAAUUAUUUUUUUUGGACUAUCUUUCGAUACAUUUACUUUAGAUAUGGAUGUUGAAACAGGUGUUUUUGGGUUUUUCGAUGAGAAGUACUUCUUGUAUACUUUUUUAGUUUUAGGAUUUUUUACCGGAACCGUAUCUUAAGUAACAGAGUACUAAGCCUUGAAAUAUUUCUCUCCCUUAGUUGUCAUAAAUUUCCUUCUGUUUGAUCCUAUCAUAUCUCAAAUUCUGUCAUGUUGGAUGGGUAUUGAUCACGCUCCAGGAAAGAUGACUUACUUCGGCGGGUUGUUCACUUUAUUAGGGAUCUUCUUUGUUUCUUACGGGGGACAGAAGUUAUCCAAAUGA